AUGAUAGAUGCUUUAAUACUUAAAUAUUUCAAAUUUGUAAAUACCGAGAAUAUAGUUAUACCGAUUAAUACACUAAUUAAUAUAUCUUAUAAAGGAUUAAAUGACAUUGGUACGAAAAUUGUACAGCCAGAAAAAAUCUGUUUGAAACAAGAAUGUUUGGAAGCAGCUUCAGUAAUUUUGAAAAACAUGGAUACAACUGUGGAACCUUGCGAGAAUUUUUAUCAAUUUGCGUGUGGUAAAUUCUCAAAGGAAUCAGUUAUUCCAAAAUCUGAAUCAAGCGUGUCUCUCUUUAGUAGAACUGAUAAAAUACUAAUGAAGCAGCUGAGGACAAGUUUAGAACGUAAGAUGAAAAAAAAUGCUCCGAGAACGUUCAAAGUGCUGCAGUCGUUUUAUAAUACUUGUAUCGAUAUUGCUAGAAUCAACGAAACUAGUACAAAGGAAGUGUUGAAUGUCUUGAAAAAACUUGGUAACUGGCCUGUCAUCGUUGGUAAAUCUUGGGAUGAUUCGAACUUUGAUUGGAGAAAAUUAAUCUAUCAAAUGCGUAAAAUUGGGUAUACAGAAGCGAUGAAUUGUUUAAUAGAGUUCGAUAUUGAAAUAGAUAAACAAGAUAACAGGAGAUAUGUAAUAACUUUAGAUCAAGCAUCCACAGGGCUCAUGAAACAAUACUUAUCAAAAGGCUUCGAAGACAAAAUUGUACAAGCCUACUAUAAAUAUAUGAUCAAUCUUGCCACAAGCCUUGGAGCUGAAAAAGAACGAUCGAAAAAAGAACUGCGUGACUCCUUGAAUUUUGAAAUUGAGUUGGCAAAGAUUUCUUUAUCGUCCGAAGACCGUAGAAAUAUGUCUCAGCUGUACAAUCCUAUGACACUAGACGAAUUACAAUUAGAAUAUCCAGACAUUUCCUGGAGCGAGUAUUUAAAUCGAAUUCUGUUGCCACAAACUAAAUUGUAUAAAUCCAGUUUUCCAAUUAUAGUUAAAGUUCCAAAUUUUCUUAAAGCUUUAUUAAAACUAAUUAAUAGUACUCCGAAGCGUGUUCUUGCCAAUUAUGCUAUUUGGCGAGUUGUCCAAGAGUCGGAUUCUUUCAUGAAUGAACACGUAAAACGCAUUAAAGCUGAUUUUAUGGCGUCAAUAAUAGGCACAAACGUACAAGUACCACGAUGGAUACAGUGUCUUGACUACGUAUCGCAAAAUUUGCAUUUGGCUAUUGGAGCUUUGUAUGUGAGAAAAAAUUUUGAUAAGAAAUCGAAGGAAGUAGCUGAAAAACUUGUUAACAGAAUGCGUCAGAGUUUUGCAGAUAUAUUAGAAAAGACUGAUUGGAUGGAUAAAAAAACUAAAGAUGCUGCUAAAAAGAAGCUCCAUUCAAUGAAACAUUACGUUGCUUACCCAGAUGAGUUUCUUGAAGACGAAAAAAUUGAUGCCUAUUUUCAGGAUCUAAAAGUCAAUUCGAAAAGUUUUUUGAAGAAUCAUCUGAAUUUGAUGAUUUUCGAAUUAAAAAAAAAUUUGGAAAAACUGAAAAAGCCAGUCGAUAAAACUGAUUGGACCGAGAGAGGGUAUGCCGCAAUAGUGGAUGCUUUCUAUGACCUAUCAAUGAAUAGCAUUGAAAUUCCAGCGGGAUUCUUGCAAGGUAUAUUUUUCAACAGUAGUCGGCCACACUAUAUGAAUUACGCUACUAUUGGUUGGAUCAUUGGUCAUGAAUUGACACAUGGAUUUGAUGAUGAAGGUAGUCAAUACGACGAGCAUGGCGAUUUGGUCAACUGGUGGGAUUCCGAAACAAUGAAAGAAUAUCUUAACCGAACUCAAUGUGUAGUUCAACAAUAUAGUAAUUAUACAGUUAAUGGUUUGAAACUGAAUGGUAAUAAUACGCGAGGUGAAAAUAUCGCAGACAUCGGAGGCAUCAAGGAAGCUUACUUCGCCUACGAAGAAUAUGAAAAAACUCAUGGAGAAGAAUCUGGUUUACCAGCGUUACCCUACUCACCUCGGCAACUGUUCUGGAUAAGUGCGGCAAGUAUCUGGUGCGAGAAGUCUAGACCUAAAAUUUUGGAACAUAUAGUCAAUAUCGAUGUUCAUAGUCCUUGUGAGUUCCGUGUCGUUGGGUCUUUUUCUAAUAUACCUGAAUUCUCUAGAGACUUUAAUUGUCCUGUUGGAUCUCCAAUGAAUCCUACUAAAAAAUGUACAGUUUGGUAA